UGCCGCUACCUGGCUGUUCAGCUGUCUCCUGCCAUCCCUGUGUUUGCUGCCAUGCUUUUCCUUUUCUCCAUGGCUACACUGUUGAGGACCAGCUUCAGUGACCCUGGAGUGAUUCCUCGGGCGCUACCAGAUGAAGCAGCUUUCAUAGAAAUGGAGAUAGAAGCUACCAAUGGUGCGGUGCCCCAGGGCCAGCGACCACCCCCUCGUAUCAAGAAUUUCCAGAUAAACAACCAGAUUGUGAAACUGAAAUACUGUUAUACAUGCAAGAUCUUCCGGCCUCCCCGGGCCUCCCAUUGCAGCAUCUGUGACAACUGUGUGGAGCGCUUCGACCAUCACUGCCCCUGGGUGGGUAAUUGUGUUGGAAAGAGGAACUACCGCUACUUCUACCUCUUCAUCCUUUCUCUCUCCCUCCUCACAAUCUAUGUCUUCGCCUUCAACAUCGUCUAUGUGGCCCUCAAAUCUUUGAAAAUUGGCUUCUUGGAGACGUUGAAAGAAACUCCUGGAACUGUUCUAGAAGUCCUCAUUUGCUUCUUUACACUCUGGUCCGUCGUGGGACUGACUGGAUUUCACACUUUCCUCGUGGCUCUCAACCAGACAACCAAUGAAGACAUCAAAGGAUCAUGGACAGGGAAGAAUCGCGUCCAGAAUCCCUACAGCCAUGGCAACAUUGUGAAGAACUGCUGUGAAGUGCUGUGUGGCCCCUUGCCCCCCAGUGUGCUGGAUCGAAGGGGUAUUUUGCCACUGGAGGAAAGUGGAAGUCGACCUCCCAGUACUCAAGAGACCAGUAGUAGCCUCUUGCCACAAAACCCAGCCCCCACAGAACACCUGAACUCAAAUGAGAUGCCGGAGGACAGCAGCACUCCUGAAGAGAUGCCACCUCCAGAGCCCCCAGAGCCACCACAGGAAGCAGCUGAAGCUGAGAAGUAGCCUAUCUAUGGAAGAGACUUUUGUUUGUGUUUAAUUAGGGCUAUGAGAGAUUUCAGGUGAGAAGAUAAACCUGAGACAGAGAGCAAGUAAGCUGUCCCUUUUAACUGUUUUUCUUUGGUCUUUAGUCACCCAGUUGCACACUGGCAUUUUAUUGCUGCAAGCUUUUUUAAAUUUCUGAACUCAAGGCAGUGGCAGAAGAUGUCAGUCACCUCUGAUAACUGGACAAAUGGGUCUCUUGGGCCCUGGCACUGGUUCUCCAUGGCCUCAUCCACAGGGUCCCCUUGGACCCCCUCUCUUCCCUCCAGAUCCCAGCCCUCCUGCUUGGGGUCACUGGUCUCAUUCUGGGGCUAAAAGUUUUUGAGACUGGCUCAAAUCCUCCCAAGCUGCUGCAUGUCCCGAGUCCAGAGGCAGUCACAGAGACCUCUGGCCAGGGGAUCCUAACUGGGUUCUUGGGGUCUUCAGGAUUGAAGAGGAGGGAGAGUUGGGUCAGAGGAUUCUCCUGGCCACCAAGUGCCAGCAUUGCCCACGAAUCCUUUUAGGAAUGGGACAGGUACCUUCCACUUGUUGUAUUUAUUAGUGUAGCUUCUCCUUUGUCUCCCAUCCACUCUGACACCUAAGCCCCACUCUUUUCCCAUUAGAUAUAUGUAAGCAGUUGUAGUAGAGAUAGCAAUUGACAUUUCUCGUAGACUACCCAGAAACUGUUUUAAUACCUGUGCCAUUCUCAGUAAGAAUUUAUGAGAUGCCAACGGCAUAGCCCUUCACACUCUCUGUCUCAUCUCUCCUCCUUUCUCAUUAGCCCCUUUUAAUUUGUUUUUCCUUUUGACUCUUGCUCCCAUUAGGAGCAGGAAUGGCAGUAAUAAAAGUCUGCACUUUGGUCAUUUGUUUUCCUCAGAGGAAGCCCGAGUGCUCACUUAAACACUACCCCCUCACACUCCCUGUGUGAGGCCUGCAGAGGCCCUGAAUGCACAAAUGGGAAACCAAGGCACAGAGAGGCUCUCCUCUCCUCUCCUCUCCCCUGAUGUACCCUCAAAAAAAAAAUGCUAACCAGUUCUUCCAUUAAGCCUCAGCUGAGUGAGGGAAAGCCCAACACUGCUGCCCUCUUGGGUAACCCACUCUAAGGCCUCGGCCCACCUCUGGCUAUGGUAACCACACUGGGGACUUCCUCCAAGCCUCCAAGCCCCACUCUUCCAGCACUUCCACCGGCAGAGUUCCAGAGCCACUUCACCCUGGGGGUGGGCUGUGGCCCCCAGUCAGCUCUGCUCAGGACCUGCUCUAUUUCAGGGAAGAAGAUUUAUGUAUUAUAUGUGGCUAUAUUUCCUAGAGCACCUGUGUUUUCCUCUUUCUAAGCCAGGGUCCUGUCUGGAUGACUUACGCGGGGGGGAGUGUAAACCAGAACUUUUCAUCUAUUCGAAGGCGAUUAAACUGUGUCUAAUGCAAA